GUCGAGCACCGACUGGGUGGCUCGGCCUGGAUGGGCGGGCGCGGGGGCGGGCCACGUGUGGCGACCUACGAAACGGUAACACAGCCGUGGAACCGGUCGAGAGGGGCUGAGCGGCGUUAGUCCGGGCUCGGAGAGGACAUGGCAGCUGUGGGGCCCAACCUGGGCCGAGUCCUCCCCGGAUCAUCUAUCCUAUUCCUGUGUGACAUGCAGGAGAAGUUCCGUCAUGUUGCAUACUUCCCCCAGAUUGUCUCUGUGGCUGCCCGCAUGCUCAAGGUGGCCAGGCUCCUGGAGGUGCCUGCUGUACUGACAGAGCAGUAUCCAACAGGCCUGGGCCCCACGGUGCCUGAGCUGGGGGCUGGAGGCCUGCGGCCAAUGGCCAAAACUUGCUUCAGCAUGGUCCCCGCAGUGCAGCAGGAGCUGGACAACCGGCCCCAGCUGCGUUCUGUGCUCCUCUGUGGCAUCGAGGCACACGCCUGCAUCCUGAACACAGCCUUGGACCUCCUAGACCGCGGGCUGCAGGUCCACGUGGUGGUGGACGCCUGCUCCUCUCGCAACCAGGUGGACAGGCUGGUGGCACUGGCCCGGAUGCGGCAGAGUGGGGCCUUCCUCUCCACCAGUGAAGGGCUGAUUCUGCAGCUCGUGGGUGACGCUGCCCACCCCCGGUUUAAGGAGAUCCAGAAGAUCAUCAAGGAGCCUGCCCAGGAUAGUGGGCUGCUAGGCGUCUUCCAAGGCCCCAACCCCCUCUUCCGCUGAACUCCUCACCCCAAGACCACCCUUCUGUCAACGGGACCUCAGUGGAAUCGCUCCGCCC